GUGACGAAAUGAUAUUUGACGUAGAUUGAUAUCAGCGCCUGGAGUCAUUAGAGAAAGGAUCUAUAUAUCAACGUUCGGUUCUCCCCCGUUUUAACAAAGCAUCUUUCAUCAAAUGAUGAAACUCAAUGAAGUAGAUCAGUUGAUCAGUGAGAGUUAAUAGUGCUUUUAAUUACUUCUCGAAGUUUGAAGUUUGUGAUUUAUUCAUAUAAAUAAUUUUGUUGCACAACAAAAUUGUCAGAUAAGCUGUUUUGUAACACCAGUGAUUGAUCAUAAUUGAUAUAAAGCAAUGGAGCCAAAAAUCAUUUCGGAAAACGAAAUGUUUAGACCGCGAGCAUAUCAAAUAGAUCUAUAUGAAAGGGCAGUGCAAAACAACAUGAUACUCUAUUUGCCAACUGGCGCAGGAAAAACAUACAUAGCUGUUAUGCUUCUGAAGCAUCUAAGUCGUGAUGUACGCAAACCUUAUCAAGAAGGUGGAAAACGUAGUAUAUUCGUUGUAAACACAGUAGCGUUGGUUGAACAACAAUCAACGUACAUAAAGAGGCAUACAGAUCUAAGAUGCAAAGGUUAUAGUGGAGACAUGAUGGUGGAUUUUUGGAUGGAAGAAGAAUGGAUAACUGAAAUAGAAGAACAUGAAGUUUUAGUAAUGACAUCGCAAAUCUUCCUGAAUCUGCUCAUUCACAGAUAUAUAAUAUUAGAUAGAAUAAAUUUAAUCGUGUUUGACGAAUGUCACAGAGCUGUAGCUAACCACCCUAUGAGACAAAUUAUGCAACAAUUUGAAAAUUGUUCCAACGAAGAGCAUCCACGUGUUUUAGCUAUGUCGGCAACAUUGUUGAACGCUAAUAUAAAAGCAGAUAAAAUAGAAUCUACGAUUAGGACUUUAGAAGUAACAUUUCAUGCGAAGAUAGCAACUGUAGAAUCAACAGAUUCUAUCCAAGGUUAUUGUACAAAUCCUAAUGAAGAAAUCGUCAAAUAUUCGAAAUAUCUAGUUCCAGAAGUAAUAAAUAAAAUUAAUGAUAUUAUCAAAACAACAAACGAAGUUAUCAAAAAUAUAAAACUUAAUUUUGAUGAUAUAUAUAAAGAAUCCAGUGAGGAAAUGCGACCUAAAUCAAAAUCUUCUAAGCUAAUGGCUAUUUUGGACGACGUAGGAAAGAUUUCAUCACAAGCAGGCAUAUAUUGUGGAAACAAGUCUGCUUUGCUACAUUUAAUCCAGUUAGAGAGUUUGAGAAAAUAUUCCGACGACCAAAUGACAAACAUUCUUCUGGAUUAUCUAAUUACGCAAAUAAUGCUAAUGAGGAAAUUGUUCGAUAAUGAAAUGAAAGGCUGCAUAGAAUUAGACCGAUUAUCCAACUUUUCAUGUAAUCAAAUCCAAAAAUUAUUUGAGAUGUUGUUGAAAUAUUAUAAUAACUUAGGCAAAGAAAAGUUCUGCAGCAUUAUUUUUGUCAAGGAAAGAUUUAUGACACAAGUCAUAUAUCAUAUGUUAAAAACACUAUCUGCACACGAUAGAAGAUACAGUUUUCUUCAACCCGAUUAUGUAAUUGGCUUUCAAAAUAAUCCUUAUAAAAAUACUAGAGAAGUUUCAUGUAUUGCAAAAUGGAAUAAGGAGGUGUUGCAAAGAUUAAAAAAUGGUUCGUCAAAUUGUAUCGUAGCGACCGAUGUGGUCGACGAAGGUAUCGAUAUACCAAUGUGCACGUUGAUAAUACGUUAUGACGUGCCAACAGAUUUUAGAGCAUAUGUUCAAAGUAAGGGUCGGGCACGCCAUAACUUGAGUAGUUAUUUAAUUUUAGUGGAAAAUGAUGAUGAGGAUUUUCUAAAGAAAUAUCACCAAUACAAAGAUACAGAAAAGAAAUUAAAACGGAUCUUGGUGGGAAAAAAUGAACGUCCAUUGCCUACCCAAGAUGAUAUUGUAAAUGGUCUGUAUAGUGAUUUUGAUAUCGAACCGUAUACAGUAAAAUGUGAUGAUGUUGUGAAAAGUCGCCUAACAGAGUUUACCGCGAUUGACUUGAUAAAUAUGUAUUGUGCUGCUUUACUGACAUCAAAAUUUGUUUACUUGGUUCCGAUUUGGAAGUUAGAUAAGGAUGAUUCUAAAAAUAUGUAUAGGAUUUCUCUCAAAUUACCAAAUCUAUCACCAUUGAAAGAUGUAAUUUACGGUGAUUUUAUGAGGAGUAUAGAUGGUGCUAAACGAUCUGUUGCUAUGAAGACUUGCAUACAAUUACACAAGCUGGGUGCAUUAACCGACAAGCUAUUACCUGCAACGAAUGAUGAAUUAACGAAAAAUCUGGAUUUCUUAUUUCCAAAUUGGAUAAAUGAAGACGGUCAUCUGUCUGGUACAUAUAAAAGAAAGCGAGAACAUCAGCUAGAAUAUCCGAUAGCAUUUUAUGGUGCAUAUCCACAGCCUCUACGAUCACUGUAUCUUCAUGUUUUCGAUUGCACUUCUCUAUAUCCUGUGACGGGUUAUGACAACAGACGCGUAAUCUUUUAUAAUUUGCUUAAUGACAAGAGUGGCUUUGGUAUUCUUUCCACGAAGAGGUUGCCAAAGAUACCCUCAUUUCCGAUUUUCAUGAAGGAUGGUGAAUUAAAUGUUGAUGUAAAGUCUAAUCAUGCAACGAUAGUGUUAAGUCAAAAUAACAUUGAAUUGCUUAAGAGGUUUAAUUUCUUAUUGUUUAGUGAAAUUAUUCCUGUUAUUAAAAGUUUUAUGAUUUUUGAUAAUGACAAUCUCGAAAAUUCUUUCGUAAUUGUUCCAUUGAACGACAAGCAAGAGAUAAAUUGGGAGAUUGUUGAAACAUAUCAAGAUUUAGAACGAAUUACACCGAAUAUACCUUUUCACUUUAGGACUAGUGAUUACGAAUUAGCACUUGUUGCUCCAAAUUACAGAUACAAUGCGGUCUAUAUAGUCACACGAGUCUGUGACGAUCUCACACCCGAAUCAUAUUUUCCCAAUGAAGAUUUCGACACAUACACACAUUAUUAUAAAGAAAAACAUGGACUGAUUAUAGAAAAUCUGCAACAAUCUAUGUUAGAAGUGAAGCCAAUACCAAUUAAAAUUAAUUAUAUAAAACCAAGGAAAUUAUCCGAAGGUCCGCUGAAAAAUAAAAAAACUGAUGACACAGUGGAAGAUCUUCAGGAACAUCUAGUUCCGGAAUUAUGUUACAAGAUAAAUUUUCCAUCUGUGUAUUGGUUAAAAGCAACUACUUUACCUUCCAUUCUUCAUAGAAUAUGUCAAAUCUUAAUUGCGGAAGACUUGAGAGUAACUAUUGCAAGAGAGACUAAAUUAGGAACGUUAAUAUUGAAAGAAUCGUCUUCCUUAAAAAUAGAAGAGAGUGUCGAGAGAUCGAAUGAAGAAGAUUAUACUAAUGGAUUGGAAUUAACGGAUGAUUCAAUCGAAAAAACGCUAUCAGACGAAACGUAUUCAGAUCCAAAUUUGUUCGAUUUGGAUUGUAACCCCUUCAUGAGAGACCAAGAACCUCGGGACUUAUAUCGUAAUAUAGACUGUAUUCAAAUGAUCGAUAUUCAAUAUUACAAUCAGUUUAUGUCAGAAACCUGUGAAGAAGAUGAGAGCAUCAAGCAAAAUGCGAAUAAGAAUAUUGGUCACUACAUUCAGAGGUCAAUAAUAUCAUCUACACCAUCGUUGAGUGUUCUUACAUCGUCUGAUAAGCCUUCUUUCUCACAAGGUCCUAAUUCGAUUGAAAUUGUACAUGCGCUGACCACUAAAUUAGGUUCAGAUAUGUUCAACCUGGAGCGGUUGGAAACUUUAGGCGAUUCCUAUCUAAAGUUUAUCGUAUCACUAUUUUUAUAUCACAAAUUUCCGACAUUUAACGAGGGUCAAUUGACGGCGUUGAAAGGAAAGAUGAUUGGCAAUCGGAAUCUUUAUUAUUGCGGCAAUAAAAAAGGUAUUCCCGGACGUAUAAAGAAUGAUGCAUUUGUGCCCAUGAGCAAUUUUAUCCCGCCUGCGUAUUCGGUGUACCAUCCAUUGCAAAAGAUAUUAAUGGAUGAAUUGGUGGCGCCAAAUGUAUUAUAUGAAUUUCUAAUACCAAACAUGGAGAGAUUUACCGGAUAUAUAAGCGAAGAUACAUUAAAUAUGAUGAAACAGACUGUAUCAAGUUGGGAUAAGAGAGAUAAGCAAACUGGCGUCGAACAUUAUCUCGGUGUACAAAUUUUAUCUGAUAAAACCGUGGCGGAUUCGGUGGAAGCGCUUAUUGGUGUUUAUCUCAAAAAUAACCAUAUAAAAGGUGCUGCAAAGUUGCUCAAGUGGUUUGGUAUACUACCUGAUGUUAAGAUUGACAUGUUACUGGGUAGCAUUUCACAGAAUCCUGUAAUUGGCGUGGGUGAUCCCAACUACUAUAUGCCAUGGGCUGAUACUUUAGAAAGCAAGAUUGGUUAUAAAUUUAAAAAUCGAGCAUUUUUGCUACAGGCGUUCACGCAUCCCUCCUACACAGCAAAUGGAAUAACUGAAUGUUAUCAAAGAUUAGAAUUUCUCGGAGAUGCUAUUCUUGAUUUUUUGAUAACGUGUUAUAUUUACGAAAAUGAUGUUAAUUUAAGUCCUGGUGAUCUCACCGAUCUAAGAUCAGCACUUGUCAAUAAUAUAACGUUUGCUUGCUUGUCAGUACGACAUGGUUUGCAUACCGCUUUAUUGGCCUAUGCUCCAAAAUUGCACGAAAUAAUUGAUUGCUUUGUAAGAUUCCAAGAAGAACGAGAUUAUGUGGUUAAUGACGAGUUACUGUACGUGUUAAUCGAAGAGGACGAAUGUAAUAUAACAGAAUAUGUUGACGUCCCCAAAGUUCUCGGAGAUUUAUUCGAAUCUUUAAUUGGUGCCAUUUAUCUUGAUAGUGGCAAGAACCUUACAAAAGUGUGGGAAAUAAUUUAUUCUUUCAUGCAUAAGGAAAUCGAUGAAUUUAGCAGAAAUAUUCCUAAACAACCAAUACGAGUGAUAUAUGAAAAUACAGACAUAUGUCCUAAGUUUCUAGAAGCAACAUUGAUUAAAGGCACUGGCAUGAUUAUGGUACCUUUGAAAAUCACUAUUGCUGGUAAAGAGAAACUCUUCCAUGGUUUCGGUGUUAACAAAAAACAAGCUAAGUGUGCAGCCGCAAAACAAGCAUUAAAAAGACUACAACUCGAAAAAUAUUAGGUGUUGGAAUUAAUUCGUAGCGUUUUUUUAAUGAAAGAAUGUUA